AUUAGUUUGCGAUCGUACUCCGGUGCGACCGGUUCCACGGUGCCGACCUACUUCCGAUUCAGUUACGUGUGUCCAUCCUGCCUGGAUAAAGUAUCUUUGUGCAUGAGACGUUUUCCACGCGGCUGGGUUUCCCUUGCAACACGGCUCUGCGAAAUCAGACAAGGGACAACGAAAUAAAGGUAAGUUGCGAUGGCGACUCGACUAUGGAAGGCGCUGUCGAGGAGGCGCAUCGAAGAAAAUCAGGAGACCAAAGGCGAACUGGCCCGUGUCCUGGGCUUGUUCGAUCUCACGGCUCUUGGUGUCGGUUCAACCCUCGGCCUCGGCGUCUACAUCCUUGCAGGCAGUAUCGCCAGGGAGACAGCUGGUCCGGCUGUUUGCAUCUCCUUCCUGAUUGCCGCCAUCGCUUCCGCGUUUGCCGGAAUGUGUUAUGCCGAAUUUGCGUCCAGAGUCCCUAAAGCAGGAUCGGCAUACGUUUACAGUUACGUGACGGUGGGAGAAUUUGUUGCUUUUAUCAUAGGGUGGAACUUAAUUUUGGAAUACGUAAUCGGUACCGCGAGUGUUGCCCGUGGACUCAGCAAUUACUUGGACGCGUUAAUAGGAAACGUGAUAAGCAAGACGCUUCAGUCCGCCAUGCCCAUUCGCGUUUCGUUUCUGUCGGAAUAUCCAGAUUUCUUCGCGUUCGGAGUAGUGAUGUUGCUAAUAGUCUUGUUGAGCAUCGGAGUGAAAGAGUCCUCCAUUUUAAACAACAUAUUUACCGUUGUCAAUUUAAUUACCAUCGUCGUCAUCGUAGUCGCAGGAUCCAUUAAAGCUGAUCCUGCGAAUUGGAGAAUACCGGUGGAGAGUAUACCGGUAUCGGUAGAACAUGCCGGAUCCGGUGGAUUCAUGCCUUUUGGCAUAAGCGGCGUAAUGAUCGGCGCGGCAAAAUGUUUCUACGGUUUCGUAGGAUUCGAUGCCGUGGCGACUACCGGUGAAGAAGCUAAAAAUCCUCAACGUAAUAUACCAAUAGCCAUCGUUGUGUCCUUAAUUAUAAUCUUGAUGGCUUAUUUCAGUAUCUCCACCGUGUUAACUAUGAUGUGGCCGUACUAUGAUCAGGAUCCCGACGCACCAUUCCCGUACGUAUUCGAUCAAAUUGGAUGGCCUACGAUCAAGUGGAUCGUUAACAUCGGAGCGGCAUUUGCAUUGUGCACGAGUUUACUCGGUGCGAUGUUCCCAUUGCCACGCAUACUUUACGCCAUGGGCAGCGAUGGGAUCAUUUUUAAAAGUCUUUCAAAUGUAAACUCGAAAACCAUGACACCUGUAUUCGGGACAGUGAUUUCAGGUUUAUUCACAGGAGCCAUGACACUUAUAUUUAAUCUUCAACAACUGAUAGAUAUGAUGUCUAUCGGAACGUUGUUAGCGUAUACUAUAGUGGCAAUAUCCGUUUUAAUCCUAAGAUAUCAAGGAAAAGACUGUGUUUCUAACAAUCAUUCAAUGACGACAAUGAAUAGUUAUGCUUUUACGCCAGUCAACAUCUUGAAACAAAUGUUCAAUUUACACAAUCAGAAAGAAAUAACCGAGAUAUCUACCAAAGUUGCAAAUUAUGGCAUUGCGAUGUUGUGUAUCGUUGUAUUUGUUAUUGCGCUGUUCAUUAAUAAUGUAGGCGAAAAUGCCUUUGGCAACGAUAUAAUAGAAACUGCGGUACUAGUCAUACUUGUGAUAAUAUUGUUAUUGAAUUUAGCGGCUGUUGCAAGGCAACCUGUUCAAGAGGUUGAACUAGCAUUUAAGGUACCGUUAGUGCCACUUCUCCCAUCUUGUAGUAUUUUCAUAAACCUAUAUUUGAUGUUGCAAUUAGAUGCUUUUACAUGGAUCAGAUUUUCCAUUUGGAUGCUUAUCGGUUUUGGCAUUUAUUUUCUCUAUGGAAUAUCUCAUAGCGAACAAGGCCAUAGGGAUAAGGUGGAAGCUGAAAUGAUAAAGAGAAAGUAUGCGGAUCAAAUUAGAAUCGUGACCAAAUUUUGAUAUCGAAGCUGUGAUAUGUGAUAUUUGGUAUUAAUGUAUAAAAAUCUCCUCCAAGAUUAUCCUAGGUAUAACGAAAAGACACGAAGGAUUGGACGAUGUCCAAGUACGAUUAAUAUAUUAUUUAUGUUAGCUCGUCGCGAAUAAAAGGAACACUAACAUUCUGACGGUGUAGAAUGAUUUUACAUAUCGUGAGCUUCGAAUAUCUUUCAAUUGUCAGUAAAUGUUGGCCAUUUUAAGCAUUUCAUCGACACAUACACAAGUUACUGCGCGCCGUAAAGUUGAUUCAUUAAAUCUUAUAAAUACGCUCGCAACAUAAUUCUGUUGAAAACAAAUUUGACCCACUGUAUAGUACAUAAGAUUGUGUAAAAUCUGUUUGUUCCUUUUCAUAUUUAUAUAUAUGAUAACGUGUUAAUACGAUGUACAUAUUUCUUAACAAAUUUUACUAUGUUUACCAAUUGUUUAAGUGCUGUUUGCACUAAUGAAAUAUAUUGUUUUAUAUA